GACCAUGUACACUUGAUGACAGUUGAUGUACACACACCCCGGCAACCGGGCAUGCGUGAGUGUAGUCAAUGUAAAUCCCACACUCUACUCCCGGAAGAGAGUCAUAGAAGAAAAUGAAGUUGAUAAAGCACAAGCAAGAGCAUGCGUACAUGGUUGUCCGAAGACCGUCGAUCGAUGCCAAUCUGGAUUUACCCAUGACAGAACAACGAGGGAUACAGCAUGUGGACGCGAGGUCCGAUCUGGGUCCGAUCUCACGAAUGUUCAAAACCAUCGAAUCUUUCAGUCUUUCAACACCGUGGAUGGUGAACAAACAACUCUCCAAAACCUUCAUUCCAUCCCAGCUAGAAGCAUACUUCCUUUUACUGAUCACCUUUUGGAUGGCUACCUUUGAUUGUAUUGUUUACAACAUUCUAUCCGACUGCAUAGCGGACUUGUGCACGAAGCCCGAUCUAGACCAUGGAUUCGAUAUCUUCUCAACGAGCCUCCUCAAAGUCACGGGUUCCCCUUUCGUCUCACAAGAAGUGACGGGCGGACCCUGCUUCAUAUCCCAUAUGCACGCAUCUGACUCGGCCUUAGCGGAGACCCAUACCAUAUGACUUUGGACAGCAAGCUUCUGCGAAUGGAGAUCUAAGAAAAGAAUAUGAGGCAC